CUUCCCUUCCUCUUCUCGCCUUCUUCCGCCGCCGCCGCCGCCGCCGCCUCCAUCAGGGCGAACCAUCUUCUUCGACUCCACCCUCGACACCCACCUCGCCAUGCUUGUCUCCCUCGCCGACACCGUCGCCGAUCUCAAGAGUAUCACCUCUAUGAUCUAGGUUUCUUUCCCCCCUUCAAUGUAAAAUCCUUUUAUAUAAAGAUUUUUUUUUCUUUUUUUUUUUUUUUUGUUUUUUGGGUUUCUUUCUAUGUUAUGUUGAGCAGGGAAAGUAGAGAUCGAGCACGCAAUUUCGUUUCCUGAAAUAGGACGGAUUAUUGUCAGGGCGAUAAAGGUGCGUCCGAGUAAAUAAAUGCAUGCUUUUUAGGGUGGUUCUGAACCUUGUUCCUCUUUGUAGUAGGGAAAGUAGUGUUGAAUAUAAAAUAAAAUAAAAUAAAAUGAAAUGAAACAACACCAUCCUGUAGCAGCUUGCUUGCAAGUUUUCCGAGAAAUUGGUUGUCUUGCCGGGUUCUUAGUUUUGGCGGAUCAAAAAGUAAAGUCUCGGUCCCAGACGGAAAAGGGGAAGUGUUGAAUAUAAAUUAUGAAAAGACACUUCUGUUCUUCUGCGCCUCGGCACCUUUAACCUUAUGGAGAAAUUGGCUGUUUUAACAAAUCUUCACCUUUUGAACAAUAAUACUGUUGCAAUCAACCAUCUGCUGAACAUGACUAGAUGUUCAUUAUUCUCGUCUCGUGAUCCCAUAUGAGUCACACUUUGAACAAAAUACUGACUUUCCCCUUCAUAUGCUCGGCUGAAUAAUUGAUUCUUCCAAUGGUAAAUUUUACAAUUUUCAAACCCAAGAUGCGAAUUGCAAUUUAGGCAAACUUCAGGUGUGACACUCAAGGCCGCUGAAUAGUCCCACAUGCGAUAGCCAAGGGCAUGGAGUAGGGUAUAUAGGGCCCAGUAGGUUAUUAGGGCUAGGGUGCUACAGUUAAGCGAGCCGUGGGCUCGAGGAUGGGUGAACCCCUGGGACGUGACAUCAGGUGGUUAUUUAUUUAUUUAUUUAUAUUUGGGUAUUACCUUUGGGUCUUUGUGAAAAUUGGGUUCUAAGUCGUUGCAGGUGAGGAAGAAAGGGUGCUUCUACCACUUGGCUGAUUCCAUGCCAGUUCAAAGUGCAAUCAGUUGGAUGAAAGAAACUCAGUUUCUGUAUCUCGAAGCUGUGCCAACCUCUGCAGCAAAACAUCAAGCAGGUGGUGCUCAAAAUCCGACAGUUGAGGAUGGUGGGAACUUGGAGCAGGACCGAAAAGAUCAUUCUGAUCAUAAAUUGAAUGUGCUUCUGGGAUCCUCUGGAAGCGAGAAUUGCGAGCUUAAUGAGGUGCCUGUCUUGGAUGAGUCGUUGGGCAAAGGUGAUGCAGCUAUUAUACCAAUAAACCAAACCAACUCGAAAGAGGCGGUGACUUUCCAUGCAUAUAGUAAUUCAUCUCUAUCCAAUAUCGAUAGAAUCGUUAUUGAGAAAGAAAGCUUGGGCAAAGAGAAGUCUAGAGAAAGGAAUGGCGUCUUAGAGGAAACUCGUAUGUUGGGUGAAAAUUGUGUUCCUGAUGGAGGGGUAAAAGAUGUUCAGGAUCGUACUGACCUAGUAGUUGAUCGAGAAAAAGAUCACGGACAGGAAGAACGUAGGAAUUCUAGUGUUGAAGCUAAUGAUGAAUCCACUGCACUUGUUGUUAGUGAGAAGGAAAAAUCAAGUAAAGAGAGCUCUGGAGAAAAGGAUGAGAGCGAAAAAUCUAGUAAAGAGAAGUCUGGAGAGAAAAAUGAGGUCUUAAAGGAAAAUCGCAUAAUCGAUCAACACCCAGGGCUUGUUUCUUCUCCUGAGAAGAAAAGGCAUAAGAAGGCAAAGGUUUCCUCUUCUUCUGAGAUGCUGUUGGAAGAGCCUGUUAGAGGAAUUAACUCUCAAAGUAGAGGAGAGGCAUCCGAACUGGGAACAGUUCCUAUGGAAGCAAGCACUCAUGAGCAGCACGAAAGUGAGAUGGCCCAUUCAAAAGAGCUAACCGGCAACAAACCCAUUGGAGAACCUGCAUUACCCAACUAUCCAGAUGAUAAUGGAAAGAGAAAGAAAAGGAGAAGGCGAUCGUCAAAGUCUAGCAAGGAACUUGAGUCUGGAAAUCAAUCUGAUAUUGUUGAUGCUCCUUUUGAUGGUGAGAAUGCAAAACAAUUUCCAAAAGCUGCUACAAAUGAUAAUUCGUUGGCCAACAUGGAAGCUGUUAUUUCCGCGAUCGAACAAUCUAUACAAGACAAUCCUAAAGAAGCAGUGGAAAACAAUCAUGAAGAACUUAACAAAGAAUCUGAUAUCAUGACUGUUUCUGAUAAGGACACCCGAAAUGGAGCUAAUGCUGAUUCUGCAGAUCUUGGCCUCCCUGAUCCUUUGUCAACUAAGUCUAAUGAUUCUGAUGACAAACCUCACGAUCGAUCUAAGGAUAAAAGAGAUGGACUAUCUACUGAUGUAUUACGUGAGGACUUUCAGGUAAAUGCUAUAGCAGAAGUCACUGAUCUGAACCAAGAAAUUCCGUCCGAUGGUAACUAUUCAAAAUUUUCUAAAGAAUUAAAUGAUGCAGACAUACUUACGAAAUCUGUUCCGGAAAGAAAUAAUUUGGAAGUUGAGCCUGAGGUUCCUACGCGUUCACUUGGACGGAGGAAGAAAUCCAAGAAUGACCCAUCAAAAGUUUCAUCACGGAAGUCUGAUCCUGCUAAUGCUUUAGACAAUGCGACUGAAGAGAUUUCUAAAGAAGUUGAUGAUGUGAGGGCUUCUGUUGAUUCCAGGGAUAGUAAUUACUCUACAAAAUUAUAUACUGUAGAGCCAUCUGAUGGUAAUGCUAAAAUUGUAAAGCGUCGAAUGAGAAAAGAUUCAGCAAAACAUAUUGAACCUAAUGACCACGCAAUUAUUUACUCUUCUAGUGAUAAAGGAAAGUAUGCCACUGAAAAGAACUACAUUGGAACUGUGGAUGACCGCGAUGAUGGUCAAGAUAAAGAAUCUAAGGAGGCUGAUGUGUGUAUAGAAGUUGUGGCUCCAGUGGAUUCCACAGUAAUGGGUUUUGGGAGUCCUCCUGAUAAGAAAUCACGCCGCAGAAGGAAAAAGGCUUCCAAAACAGAACUUCAAAAUCAGGAUGCUAUUGCACAAGAAGUAACCGACCCUUUGGGGAAAGGAGUUAAUGAAGAAAAAUCCAAAGAGAGACAGGAAAACAAUGAUAGGGUUUCAGCUAAAGCACACAGAGGUACUCCAGAGGAUUCGGAAAGGACGUUGCAGGACUAUAGGGAGGAUUCACUAGGUGAUACUCAUGGGAAUGCCAGCAAAGAAGCUCCUGAGGCAGGGAAAUAUAACAGCUCUGCAGAUUGCGUUGAAGCAGACGAGCCAAUGGUUAAUCGGAGCUCGGAUAGUGAUAGAAUCAAUUUCGUUGAUUAUUUUGCCCCCAAAAAGGUGCACGAACCUUCUCCAGAAGAUCCACUGGCCACAGAGGCUGAAACCAUGAAGCAAAAUAAGGAGAAAACGAAGAGAAAAAGAAAAACAGACAUAAAUUCACAAAGUUCAAACCCUGGUCUGGUUAAUUCUUCAAAUGAACAGCCAAUGAUUGACAGGAAGAUUCAUGAUACUGAUACUGGUAGUCGUUCAUUGGUUGAUACCACAGCACAGCAAAGAGCUAAGGAAACAAAAGUAGGAAAAGCAUCUAAAGAAAAAGCUGUUAAGAGCAACAGUAAAUUUGAUGCAGACCUUGGUCAGACCUCUUCUGCUUUGAUUUGUCCAGUUGAAAACAAAUCUCAGGAAUCUUUAUCGUCCAGGAAACAGCAUCGUAAAGAUGCGAAUAAACUAAAGGAAAAGAUGUCUGAAUCUGAGAAGCACAAACAUGUCAACAAUGACAUUGGCACAAUUUCCAUUGACUCUGCAAAAGAAGUCCCACAACAUGGGAAUGAUAAUGCACUUGUCAAAGCUUUUUCUCUCAGUGCAUCUGCAUCUCAGAAUAACUCCUUUUCCCGUACUGAUCCACAUCAUAACGAAACAAUUACUGAUCUAGUAGCAUCAAGUGACAGCACGGAAGAAGAUACACCAUCUCUGGCAAAAAGAUAUAAAGUUGCUGUUAGGAAGAUUCCACAUAGAAGAUUAGUGAAUGCCCUGGACAGUUCAACACAAGAGAAGACUACAGGAGCUAGCUCUGUUGCAAUCUUCCAUGGUGCUACAAGUGAUAGUUCUGAGGAUGAAAGUGACAUCAUUAAUAGAACUGCCAUGGAAGCAACUUCAGAUAGUUCAUCUACAUCUGCUGACUCAGAUGGGGACCAUGAUGUAGGAAGGCAGCAAAAAGGAAUUUCUUCUGCUGCUCGUGAUAAGAAAGAGAGGAAAGCUGAUGAUGGAGGCAUCAGUCUUUCACAAUCAUCAAAUGGGCCCAAAAAGAAGCUGCCCCUCGGUACAAUUCUCAGGAGUUCAAGCAGCUACAAAAAGGCAAAGCUGACGGCGUCCCAGUCGCAAGCUGAUGAUUCUGAGAGUCAACCUGUCGAUGUAGUCUUGGAAACUCAACCGGACCUCGACUAAAUCGGGAGCCUCGAGCAAAUUAGGUACCUGUUAUCCUCAAAUUUUGCAAUUUUUUGGUUGUCGGGAAGGGUUAUUAGUUGCAUAUUCUCAUGUUGAUGCUUUUGUUCUACCUGCACUGUUCUUGGUCUUCAUUUAAGAAACUCUGUUGGUUUUUUGUGAGAUUGUGAUGGUUUCUUUUUUGGUGAUCAAUUUUUGUCCCUUUGUCCUUAAAUCUCUUGAGAGAGUAAUGAGAUUGAACAUAUAUACCUUUUGUGGCAUGGGUUCGCGCCGAUACCUUAUUUAUAAAAUGAUAUUUUUUGCAUUGUUUCUUCGCUA